AUGAAGAGUUUAUUAGAGGUUUUGAAUAAGCAUGAGGUGAUUAAGGAUCUUUUUCCAAAAGUCACAAAUCCUGCAAGCUUGUCUUUAUCUGGGACUCUAUCCAUUGAGUAUCCACACCCAAAUGUCGUGGUCAAUCAAGGUAACAAAUUGUCUCCUAAAUUGACCCAAGAAGCCCCAAAAGUCACUUAUUUGGCUAACAACGACUUUCCACUAAAUCUAGAUAAGUGUUAUACAUUAGUAAUGACAGACCCAGAUGCUCCUUCCAGAGUAGACCAUAAAUGGUCCGAAUAUUGUCAUUUCGUCCAGACUGGUAUCAAGUUUCACGAACCAACUGGCGGCUUAAUAACUAACGGUCAUAAAGUAGUCAAAUAUAUGGGACCAGGUCCUCCAGCUGGCACUGGUGAACAUCGUUAUGUUUUCCUUUUGUUUGAAGAGAUUGAGGAUAAUCAUAUCUUUACUUCCAUUGAAGAAAGAGUCAAUUGGGGAUAUGGCACACCUGCCACAGGUAUCGAAAAAUGGGCUCUUGCUAACAAAUUAAAAUUGUUGGCUAUAAAUUUUUUCUUUGCUGAACAUGACUGA